UGGCACCUACAACCCAGUUGUCCUAGCCUGAAGUACAGGUAGGGCUGGGCAUCAGUUGGGACCCACCCCAGAGAUGGCUGCAGUGUUGGCCUCCAAGACCUGUCCCUUGCAGGGGGUAGGACACACCAAGUUUGGCAUGUCCUUGUAUUACCCAGACCCUGCCCCUUGGGUAUCUCCCAUUCUAUGACAGUACCUGGGACACCUGCAUUCCCCACAGCUGGAGGGCAGGAGCAGAGCUGCCCUGCUUUUCCAUGUACCUGCAGUGCUAGAGGGUCCUUGGGGGGACGACUCAGCAGAGGCGCUCUCCCCUGGCAGGCAGGGCUGGCCCCAGGGACUUAUUCAGCAGAGGGGACAAUGGGGUUUAUCAUCCCAGCUUGUGCUCCCCAAGACUUGAGGGGGAGGAGGCUGGACUCACUUUUUGUCCAGCCCAGAUCCAGGUCUCUGGCCAGCGGGGUGCUACAUUCCCCUUACAAGCCCAGCUUCACCCCCAGAGAGAGCAUGCGGGAGGGCCUAGUUCUCUCCCUUCUGCUGGUGGGCAUAAAUGGCAAGUAAGGAAUCCUGGGUUUUCUCCCUGGUGCUGGGAGGGGAGUGGGGAGGGCUGAGAGUCAGGUAGGUGUAGGCAGGGCUAGCCUGGCUGGGUGGAGCAAGAGGCAGAUACUUCCUUGUCUGCCUGAAGGAGCAGACGUGUGGGGAGUUCCACCCAGCAGGGGCAGGGCCAGUGGGUGGGCGUGGCAAUGCAGGGCUAUUUCCCUGUCCCCACAUGCAGGCAAGGGCUCAGACCCGGCAGUGAGGGGGCCGGGUAUGGCUGAGGGGGUGGGCAUGGCAGGGGCGCCGGUGGGCGAGCCCUUGGACAAGGUGAAGCGGCCCAUGAAUGCCUUCAUGGUGUGGUCCAGCGGGCAGCGGCGGCGCCUGGCACAGGAGCACCCCAAGAUGCACAACUCCGAGAUCUCCAAGCGCCUGGGGGCGGCCUGGCGCCGGCUGGGCGAGGCUGAGAAACGCCCCUUCAUCGAGGAGGCCAAGCGUCUCCGGGCCUGCCAUAUGAAGGACUAUCCUGACUACAAGUACCGGCCCCGGCGCAAGGGCCGGGCACCCACCAAGGAACUGCCCACAGGCCGUCCGCCCCCACAGCUGCCUGCCUCCAGACCCUGGGGCUACAGUGAGCCACUAGCCUACCAACCGCCCCGUUAUCCGCAGUACCCGGCUAGCCAGGCCUACGGGAACGCCGCUGGAGGGUACAGUAGCCUGUCCUACGGGCCCCUGGCCCCGAUGCCCUACAAGCAAGACCCCCAACCCCACCCAGAGGGGGUGCUGCCAGCUGACUUCCGUGACAUGAUGGCUGCCUAUGGCCUGCAGGCUUGCGACAUGGGCGAGAGCUUCCCGCAGCCACCCUACGAGGCUCCUGGGCUGACGCCCCUCUAGCCCUGCUGCAGGGCAGGACUGAGGGAGGCUUUUAUACAGAAAGAAAAACAUCAAGGAAACCACUCAGGAGGAGCUGUGGGUGCAGCACAUGGGCUGGCAGCUGGAGUAAUGGGGGGAGAAGAAGGUGGAAACCCCCCUCCCAAUACUUUAGAGCAACCCCAACUGUUAAUCUUUCCAGGCUGGCUUCUAAUCCAUUCCCUCCCCCUUACCCCCCCGCCCCCUUUCACGGCUGCUUCUGUUCUACUUCACCCAGGUGGAAGCAGGGGAGAGGGGGCUGGAGAACUUGGGGAGGAGAUGAAAAAUUAGGUGUUUUUGGAGGCACAGCAGGAGGAGCCCCCUGAGAAGGUACUGGCUGGCUGUAUAUCUUAAUGCCACUUGUCAACCUGUUUUGUAAAGACAAUAAACCAGGCUUCUGGA